UUAUGAACGUUCUCCAAGCCGCCCUCUACCGGCGGUGUCAUUGUGGUGGCCUAAAGUGGUUAUAUACCCAAGUCAGUCAUUCUGGAUGGAGUCUCUGAAAUGGAGAAAAGACAAGCGGAUUCACAGAACACUAUGGUGGAGGACCAAGACACAUGGCAUGAGCUAGCUAUAAUGGACCCAGUGGACAAACCACACCUAGUACACAAGGACUCAGAGGACCAGGAGGCUCUGUUGUUGAACGGGGCUAAACAUCCUGAACAUCGCCCUCUGUUGGUCUCCUUUGCCCUGGAGGAGUUUGAGUUUCCCUCCAGCGUCUGUUUAGAAGAGAUGCCCCUCUUCCCCCAGUGGCACCUACCCCUCAAACUGAUGGCCAUCUUGAUGGCGCUGACCUUCCUGUACACUUUUUUAAGGGAUGUGCUGCAGCCCUUUGUGUCUCAGAGCAGGAGUGACUUCUAUAAGAUCCCUAUACUGGUGAUGAAUAAGACCCUGCCAUGGACGGCCAUAUCUCUGCUUGCUCUGGUCUAUCUGCCUGGGCUACUGGCUGCCCUGCUACAGCUGUACAGAGGUACCAAGUACAGCAGUUUCCCAGGCUGGUUGGAGAGGUGGAUGUCUAUGAGGAAACAGCUGGGCCUGCUAGCUUUCUUCCUAGCAGCACUCCAUGCUAUCUACAGCCUCUGUUACCCUAUGAGACGCUCCUACAGAUACAAGCUGCUCAACUGGGCUUACCAACAGGUCCAGCAGAACCAGGAGGACUCAUGGGUAGCAGAUGACGUGUGGCGUAUGGAGAUCUAUGUCUCCCUGGGUAUCAUGGGUUUGGGUCUCCUGGCUUUAUUAGCCAUCUCCUCCCUUCCCUCCAUUUCUGACACCCUCAACUGGAGAGAGUUCACCUGGAUGCAGCUGUUGACAGGCCUCCUUUUUGUUUACCUGUCUUCUGGUCCUUCCGUCCUGCAGAGGAGUCUGGGAUAUGCUGCCCUGGUCCUGUGUACAGCCCAUGCUCUGGUCUACGGCUGGAGGAAGUGGGUGGAGCCUAAGCACUACGUGUGGUACACCCCUCCAUCCUUUAUCCUGGCCUCGCUCCUCCCAGCCACCGUCCUAUUGGUCAAGGCUGUGCUGCUGCUGCCUUGCCUGGACCGGAGGCUGGGGCAGAUUCGUCGAGGCUGGGAGAGUCCCCGCCCCCUAAGGGGAAGGGGAGUGACUGAAAAAGACUCGCUCUGAAAGAUGACACGUCAAAACCUGGGAUGCAGCAGUGACGAUUGAUAAAUUGUUUCAAUUUUAGGAUAAGACCGGAAGCUUGGUCUCUGGACCUCAAGGAGAAUCGGUGCUGGUUGAUGGGCAACAUAAAGUGGCCACUGCACAGUUCCACUCUUCUGCUUAUUAUACAGAUAUCUGAGGUGACAUACUCUGUAGUCUACACACAGUGUGCUUACUGAAUUGAUGCCUUGAGAACAUAGCCUGGUUAAGCAGACUGACCGCUGUGCUCAUGUUUUGUUUAAUUGAGAUAUUGCAAGACUGGUUUCACAAGGCUACUGAGGAAGCUCAGUUCAGUUGAAGGUAAAACGAAUGACCAUCUUGUGGCAUGUUUGCACCCAGUCAGGGAAACAUGAAGAAACCAGAGCCUGCUGCUCUUAGACAUAAAUUCUAUAAGUAAGUAGUUAGUGAAUAGUAAUGUUAUUUAAUGUCAGACUAGACAAUGGCUGUAGACAAUGUAAAGUGUAGUGCAUUAUAUAGGGAAUAGGGUGCCAUUUGGGAAGCAGCCAUUGAGAGCAUAAUCAUAAUUCCGAUUUAAGUAGGCCCAUGACCAUUUAUAUUAAUGAUUUCGAAGCUUACUUUGUGCUUGUUUUCAACUGUGUUUUCUCUGGCGCUAGAACAUCCAUUAGAAUAUAUUGUAUUAGAAUAUGUUGUAUCAAGACAGCAGCAAAAGGUACUGAAAUAUCCCAAAAUGCAGUUGAAGGUAGAGGAAGUACCCUCAGUUUCACUCUGAAAUAAAGAUUUGAACAGGAUGAGAGUUCAA